AUGACCGAACCAGAAACGCGGUACCCAACCUUGGAGAAGAUGGCUCUCGCCGUCGUUACCUCGGCGAGAAAACUCAGGCCCUACUUUCAAUCACAUACGAUCGAAAUACUCUCCAACCAGCCCCUCAGAACGGUGAUGCAAAACACAAACCAGCCAGGAAGAUUGACCAAGUGGGCUAUGGAACUCAGCGAGCACGACAUUGUAUACAAGAACCAUGGUUCGUCUACAAACAAAGGUUCGGGGGCAGGUGUCCAACUGCAGUCUCCCACGGGGGAGCUAGUUCGACAAUCGUUCAGCUUUGGCUUCGCAGCAUCAAACAACGAAGCCGAAUACGAGUCUCUCAUUGCGGGGCUUCGUCUCGCUAAAGCAGUCAAAGCUAAGCGAAUCAUCGUAUAUUGCGACUCCCAACUCGUGGUAACCCAAUAUCUUGGUGAUUACGACGUCAGGAAUGAUAGGAUGGAAGCUUACUUAAAGCUCGUCAAGAAUCUCACACGGGAUUUCGAGUUCUUCGAAAUCACGAAGGUUCCUCGCGAAGAAAACAUAUGCGCGGACGCCCUCGAAGCUCUUGGAAGCAAACUGCACGACCAAGUAAAGAGAACGAUCUCAAUACACAGGAUUGAGAAGCCAAGCAUCAGCCAAAUAACCGAGCAGUUGACCAUUGUAGCAUCCGUCACCGACGCAAUGCAUACCGAUGAAGCAGAACCUUGCGCAACGGAAAGUCAGCUCAGCGAUUGGCAAGAGGAGUUCAUCGCUUACCUAUCCGACGGCAAAGUGCCUACCGAGAAGUGGGAGGCUAGACGACUCAAGCGACGCAGCGCACACUACGUCGUCAUGAACGGAGACCUCCAUCGAUGGACCGCGACAAAGUUACUCCUUAAAUGCAUUUCCGGCGACGAAACAAGACUCGUCAUGGCCGAAACGCACGAAGGAGCGGUGGGCAAUCAUUCAGGAGGGCGAGCUCUCGCAUUAAAAGUGAAGAAUCUCAAUUUCUACUGGCCAACCAUGAACGCAGAUUGUGAGUCCUACGUCUGUAAAUGUGACAAAUGCCAACGACACGCUUCAACCAUCUACAGCCCAACGGAGUUGCUCCAUACCUUGACUGCACCAUACCCAUUCAUGCGAUGGGGAAUGGACAUUAUUUGA